AUGAGCCAGCCGGUCUGGUUGCUGCCCGUCCUCUCAUUACUCCUUGUUACAUUUGUCAAGUAUACCCAAGGCCGUCGCUCCCUCAAGGGGCUCCGGUUACCCCCUGGGCCGAAACCUCUUCCCAUUAUUGGGAACGCUCUUGAUGUCCCUACGACGGACAUGGGGGCGAAGUUCCGCGAGAUGACUCAAAAGCAUGGUGAUGUCGUGUACCUCGACGCUCUCGGCCAACCCAUGAUCAUCCUCGGCUCACACGAAGCAGCGAACGAGCUGCUCGAGAAGCGCUCUGCCAACUACUCCGACCGGAUUUCUUCCGUGAUGAGGCUGAUUUCGGGAUGGGAGUGGACGUUCGUGUUGAUGCCUUACGGCCAGGCGUGGCGCCAGCGCCGCAAGGAGAUGCACCAGUUCAUGCACCCCAACACCGUCGCCCAGUACCAGCCUCUCCAGCAGCGCGAGGCCGUCAAGUUCCUCCACCGCCUCCUUGCGCAGCCGGAAGCCUUCUUGCACCACGUCCGACACUCUUUCGGCUCGACGAUCAUGCGGGUCUCGUACGGAAUCGAAGUCGCGGAAGAGAACGACCCCUAUGUUGCUGCUGUCGAGGAGGGCGUCGCUACCUUCAACGAGGCGUUUGUGCCCGGCGCCUUCCUCGUCGAGACGUUCCCGAGCCUGCGCCACAUUCCCAGCUGGUUCCCGGGUGGUGGUUUCAAGCGUACCGCGGCCAAGUGGAAGGAGAUCGCUCACAAUAUGCGUGACGCACCCUUCAAGAAGACGCUUGAGGCUAUUGGCACGGCUGAACCCUCCAUUGCCUCUACACUCAUGGAAUUCGCGGAGCGCAAAGAGGGUGAAGAGUACGAGCACGGCAAGAUCAUCGCCCGCGACGUCUCCGCUCUGGCCUACGCCGCUGGUGCUGACACGACUAUUUCCACGGUUCAGACGUUCUUCAUGGCCAUGGCAUGUUACCCGGAAGUCCAGUUGAAGGCGCGCGCAGAGCUUGAUGCCGUCGUCGGCCCGAACCGUCUCCCCAACUUUGACGACCGCGACUCCCUUCCCUACCUUACCGCUGUCGCCAAGGAGUGCCUGCGCUGGCAAUCCGUCGUCCCUCUCGGCAUCCCCCACCGCUCGCUUGCUGACGACGAGUACAAGGGCUACUUCAUCCCUGCUGGCUCUGCCGUCAUCGCGAACCUUUGGUGCGGGGCGUUCUCGCGUGACCCGCGCAUGUACCCCGACCCGGAGCGCUUCAACCCGGAGCGUUUCCUCAAGGAUGGGAAGAUUAACCCUGCGGUGCAGGACCCGAACACCUUUGUGUUUGGCUACGGGCGCAGGCAAGUCCCCUGCUCGAUUUGCCCUGGCCGUCACUUCGCGGAGGCUUCGCUGUUCAUAAUGAUCGCAUCCGUCCUGCACACCCUCGCCAUUGACCAAGCCGUCGACGAGCACGGCAACACCAUCCAGCCCGUGGCUAAGAUGACCUACGGCGUCAUCCAAUACCCCGCACCAUUCCCCUGUACCAUCAAGCCCAGGUCUGCGGCCGCGGCGUCACUUAUAUACCAGGGCAUGAAGGAAGCCAUCUGA